AUGGAGCACCCUCCGAACAGCGGUGACGACCCCGAUGCGUGGAGGAUGAUACGCUUGUACGAUGACGGCAAGGAGAGCUUCUGGGGUGAGGCGAGCUUCCCGCUCAAGCCCGGCGGUGCCAUCGGCAAGCUGAGUGACAAGAUCCCGUGCGACGGCAUCUACCUCCGCUACACCAAGGCACCGGAGGACACGCAGGGGCAGGGCCACUGCACCAGAUGUACGGAUGGGGAGGGCCGCUGGAGCAUCUUCCUCUCGCUCCCGGACGAGGAUGAUGCCGUCGUGCGGCUCCCAGACCGCCGCGUCGCGUGUGCGUUUGUGCUCGGCGUCACUGUGGGCUCGCUCGCGGCCGCCACCGCACUCGGCCGCCACCGAGGCUGA